GGGGAGGGAGGAGAACGGAUUCAAUGUCCAACGCUGUUCAUACGACGUCGUCUGUGAUGCUGACUUCCGGCGCGAGCGGCCGCGUGAACGCUCUCUUCUCGCUGCGGGUGUGGAGGAGCCUGAUUAUGCUGAUCAACGCGUUCGUGUUGCUCCUCCUGGUUCCAUUCCGAGGGCGGAGAAGGGACGAGAAGCGUGAGGAAAGCGGCGGGGCCCAGCAUCAUCUCGGGAAGGGGGUUGGUGGUAGUAGCGGUGGGCCGGUGGUGCGGGUCCCGGCUAAGAUCGUGUCGUGGAGGAAGAGCGGACUAUCGGAGCAGGAAGUCGCGGCGAGGAGAGCGCUGGCGAUAAGAAGGGUGGUGCAAGAUGGCGGUGAUGACAAGAAGUCGGUGCGGGAGUACUCGCUGUUUUAUACGGCGAGAGGCAAUACCAUUUUCACGCAAUCAUGGACGCCGGUUUCGGCCACGAUUAGGGGAGUGGUUCUUAUCAUGCAUGGCCUGAAUGAACACAGUGGCAGGUACAAUGUUUUUGCAAAGCAUCUGAAUGCUAAUGGCUACAAGGCUUAUGGAAUGGAUUGGAUUGGUCAUGGUGGAAGCGACGGGCUGCAUGCAUAUGUUCAUUCUCUUGAUGAUGCUGUUGCAGAUAUGGUAUGUUUUGAGAAGUUGUUUCUCGAGAAGAUUUUAGCUGAGAAUCCCGGGCUUCCAUGUUUUUGCUUUGGACACUCCACAGGUGCAGCAAUUAUCCUGAAGGCAAUGCUCGAUCCAAAGGUAGAAGCCAGUGUAUCUGGUGCAGUGUUGACAUCACCUGCCAUUGGAGUUCAGCCAUCCCAUCCCAUUUUUGUGGUACUUGCCCCAAUUGUCUCAUUUUUGUUCCCAAAAUACCAAUUUAGUGCUGCAAAUAAGAAGGGCACACUGGUUUCUCGCGAUCCAGAGGCACUAAUAGCCAAGUAUUCAGAUCCACUAGUGUAUACCGGAUCCAUCAGGGUAAGGACUGGUUAUGAGAUUCUCCAAAUCACAUCCUACUUGCAGAGGAAUCUGAGCAAACUGAGAGUUCCCUUUUUUGUUCUCCAUGGCACUGCUGACAGUGUAACUGACCCAAAAGCUUCUCAACAACUGUAUGAAGAAGCCUCCUCAACUGAUAAAACCAUUAAAUUGUAUGAAGGAUUGUUACAUGAUCUCCUUUUCGAACUGGAACGAGAGGCUAUUUUGGAGGAUAUAAUUGAAUGGUUGAACUGUAGAGUGUGAGGUUAGGUAGUGCAGUAAGAGAAAGUAUUUGAGUGUGUUCUCUAACCAAAGGGAACCGAUGUAUUAGUUAUUCUGGUGACCAUUUUUAUAGGGCUUUCCAAUGAAAGCAGAGGAGAAAGAAAUGGUGGCUGGAUAAAAACUUACAGCAUUUCUUAUGUUAAAAACCUGAAACAGUUUCAUUUUUUCUCCA